AUGGCAGCUCCAGCCCAACACCACUUCAUCGGCGUCAACGACGGCCAUCAAUCAAGCGUCAUGUUCCAGCACAGUGGCAUGGCGCCGCCUCAUCAGCAACAGCAGCAGCAGCCCCAGUCGUACCAGCACCAGCAGCACCACCCUCACUUCUUUGGAAGCGGGCCAUUGUCUCAGCAGCAGCAGCAGCACUUUGCAGCUCACGACGGCAGCGGAAUGCAGAUGUAUCAGCAGCAGCAGCAGCAGCAGCAGCAGCAUCCACAUCAUCAUGCGCUGGCUGCCCAGUAUCAGCAGUACCACCAGCAAAUGCCUCCCAACAUGUCGUCGAUGUCAACGCCAUCAGGCGCAGUCUACGCUCCUGCUGUUGCCGGCCCUUCACAGCAUCAUCACGCCCCCCUUCAAGGCUGGUCAGGCGUCAACAUCAAUGAUGGCGCAGGCUGGCAUCACCACGCCAGUGCGAAACUUGAAGACGAGGGUGAUAUGACACUAGGCGACGGCGAGGGGUGCGGAGACGGCGAGGAGAAUGAGGACGACAAGGGCAAGACCUCGUUCAGCUGUCCUCACUGCGACAAGACCUACAAGGGCAAACACGCCCGCUCUAUUUGGCGUCGCCAUCUUCAGGACAAGCACGGCAUCCCUCUUUCAGUCCAGCCACGUCGUACACGAUGGGAUGCCGAUGCCAAUCGACCAAAGAAUGCAGAGGAGCGCCGCGAGAGGAUGCUCGAGUCCAAGAGGCGUUGGGCGAGGAAGAAGCGCGCUUUGGACAAGAUCGAGGCAAAGAAGGCGGAGGCGGAGGCUUCGGGAGCAUCGCCUUCUAUGAUCGCUGCCAUUGGCGCGUCGCCUUCCUCGAACGAUGACGUAGACUCGCCAGCUCUUGGAGGAGGACGUGGGUCAGAGGCGCUACCUCUCCCCGAAGUGUCCCAGGAGCAGUCAAGCACGUCAUCGCAACCCGCAGCUGGCGUUGCCCCUCAUGGCGCCGUCAGUGGCUUGCAGCUUCAUCCUCAGUCUCUCUUCGACGGCAAUGGGACGCGCCCUCCCGCCGACGGCGCCUAUCCUAUGGCUGCCACCAACGCCGCCGCCCCUCAUCCCCAAUUCAUCUCUUCCGAUGCCUCCAAUACCACGGCAGCCAACGGUGUCUGGUCCGCGCGAGGGAACAAUGUGCCGCCUUCAUCUUCAUCCGCUUCAACUCUCACAGGUGCCUUUGCAUCGCCAAUGCGCCAGAUGCCCGCUCGUCGCGGGGUGGCCAGCCCUGCGACCGCGCUCACUGCUACUACUCCAUCACGCCCUGGUGCAACAUCCCGCAGCGGGCCAAGUACCAACCCCUUCUCCCUCGAGCAGCACAAGGUCUCGCCCAGUGCAACACAGGCAAAGGCCCUUCACCCGGCACACGUCCUCUCCGAGAUGCAGCAACAGUCUGGCUCUCCCUCCCGCCUCGCAGCUACAUCGUCCCCCUCGUCCAAGGCUGCAGAUGGUUCGCGCGUCCUGCCGCCUCUGGUGGGCACGCCUAUGCGCCCCUACAUGAUUAGAGACGGGGUAGCCGACUCUUCGAUGUUCCUUUACGGGUCGAGCGAUCGAGCUGCUGGUCGCAAUUCUGUGACGCGCAUGGCGGCCAAACGCGCCCGUCGCAACGGCUCUACCGCUGGCACUAACCUGUCAGACGACGAGAACGAUCCUCGCGGCGCUGGUGAGAGCAGGAACUCUUCACCCAUCAGCCGAUCUAAUGCUGGCGGCAGCAGCAGUGUCUCACGCCGUCGUGGCCCUGCACGCCGCAAGUCCAGCAUAGCGGACGAGGACAGCCUGAUGAGCAAGUCCCGCGCAGGCAUUGCCGACGAUGACGACGAGGACGACGAUGGGCUCAUGGGCAGCUUCCCUGGAUCAGCGGACGACAGUGGCAUCUACAUGCCUGACUUCACGCCCUUCCACAAGAGCAUCGGCCGCGCGGCUGGUCUCGGCGGUGCGGCAAUUGGGAUGACACCGGGACCUAUGGGAGGGGCCUUUGACUCGCUCGCUUUCCCUCGUACGGUGGGCAGACCAACUCCGAGCAAGCGACGCCGAGGAGCUGGGCAGGAUGGCAACAGCAGCGGAAGCGAGGAGGCUGCUUCUUCUGCUGGCCCCCUGGGCGGACAUCGUGGGGGCGAUCAGUUCUCGAGCCCUCAUCAUCCUAAUCUAGCACACUCUUUGGGUUUGGCGCCACAGUCCGCCUUGAGGAGCAGCGCUGGAGGGCGCGGCGGCAACACUGGAGGGUCAGGUGCAGCCCAUGGAGGAGCGCGAGGUCGCAGCGGAACCAACGGUGCGAGUCUUCCCUUUUCCAUCAGCUCGACGCCCCUGCCCGCUUCGACGACAAAUGGCCUGCUGGGCAUGACGCUGGGCUUCACGCCCUUUGGCACCAAGGGCAGUGCAAGCGUGGGAGGGCACGGCGUCCUCAGCACUAUGAGCCCCGCGGGCGGGAGCUUGCUUUGGCCAGACAGUGUGCGUGCCUCUUCAAAGAGGCGCGUCAACGGGAGUGGUGCGGUGGAAGACACUCCAUCUUUGAGCAGCAGUAGUAAAAGGCUGCGCUUCAGUGGAGCCAGUGGCAGUGAUAGCAAGAAGGGAAACGCGACCAAAGAGAAGGGCAGCAAGGGAGCGCUGGAUUGCAGCAGCGGUAGCAGCGAUGACGAGCAGCGCCAUGCCAAGGCUCCCAAGAUCGCGGACGAGGAUGAUGAAGAUGAUGACGAGCAAACAAACGUGCUCAGCAAGGAGAGUCUCGGGCCUGGUGCUCGCUACCACACUGUCGAUGAGACCCCCAGUCGACCACCGGCUCUGCGCGGCCUCAGCCGCAAGGGAGGCAAGGCCAAAGGACCAGGCAUUGCUGAGGCCGAGGAGGACGAUGAGGACGACGACGAGGAGCGCUCGGUCCUCAAGCCUCUACGCUUCAAUGCUGCUGCUAUUUGA